UGGGUUUUCAGGGCUUGGUCUCGUUUUGGUUUCAGCUCUGACAUGUCUGUGCUCCGACUGCAAACAAGCCAACUCCACCUGCGAGACGGACGGCGCCUGCAUGGUCUCGGUCUUCAACCUGGACGGGGUCAAACACCACGUUCGGACCUGCAUUCCCGAGGCAAAGCUGAUUCCUGCCGGGAAGCCCUUCUACUGCCUGAGUUCAGAGGAUCUGCGGAACACUCACUGCUGCUACUCCGAUUUUUGCAACAAAAUUGAUUUAAUGGUUCCCAGCGGGCACCUGAAGGACAACGAGCCCCCGUCGAGCUGGGGUCCCGUGGAGCUGGUGGCAGUGAUCGCCGGGCCCGUGUUCCUCGUCUUUGUCGUCAUGAUCAUCGUGGUCUUUGUGUUCCAUCACCACCAGCGAGUCUACCACAACCGCCAGCGGCUCGACAUGGAGGACCCCUCCUGUGAAAUGUGCCUUUCCAAGGAUAAGACCUUGCAAGAUCUGGUCUACGAUCUCUCCACCUCCGGCUCGGGCUCAGGUCUGCCGCUGUUUGUCCAGCGGACCGUGGCGCGGACGAUUGUCCUGCAGGAGAUCAUCGGCAAAGGCCGCUUCGGGGAGGUGUGGCGGGGCAGGUGGCGAGGGGGUGACGUGGCUGUGAAGAUCUUCUCCUCCCGUGAGGAGCGCUCCUGGUUCAGGGAAGCGGAGAUCUAUCAGACCGUGAUGCUGCGGCACGAGAACAUCCUGGGGUUUAUCGCUGCGGACAACAAAGAUAACGGGACGUGGACUCAGCUGUGGCUCGUCUCCGACUACCACGAGCACGGCUCCCUCUUCGACUACCUGAACCGCUACACGGUGACCAUCGAGGGCAUGAUCAAGCUCGCCCUGUCUGCUGCCAGCGGGCUGGCCCACCUGCACAUGGAGAUCGUGGGCACUCAGGGGAAGCCUGGGAUUGCUCACAGAGACCUGAAAUCCAAGAACAUCUUGGUGAAGAAGAACGGCACUUGUGCCAUUGCUGACCUCGGCCUGGCUGUCCGGCACGACUCGGUCACGGACACGAUUGAUAUCGCGCCGAAUCAGAGGGUCGGCACCAAACGAUACAUGGCCCCAGAAGUCUUGGAUGAAACCAUCAACAUGAAGCAUUUUGACUCAUUCAAAUGUGCCGAUAUCUACGCCUUGGGCUUGGUCUACUGGGAGAUUGCCCGAAGGUGCAACGCAGGAGGUAUCCAUGAGGAGUAUCAGCUGCCCUACUACGACCUUGUGCCCUCUGAUCCUUCCAUCGAGGAGAUGCGGAAGGUCGUGUGUGAUCAGAAAUUACGGCCGAACAUCCCCAACUGGUGGCAGAGCUACGAGGCACUGCGGGUGAUGGGCAAGAUGAUGCGGGAGUGCUGGUACGCCAACGGAGCCGCCCGGCUCACCGCCCUCCGCAUCAAGAAAACCCUCUCCCAGCUCAGUGUCCAGGAAGAUGUGAAAAUUUAGGCUCUGAGCCUCAGCAGGAAGAAACUGCACAGGAGCUGCCGUGCUAGAGUAGACGUGUGAUGGAGGCCUACCUCGUGUUUCAGCCCAACCUACUGCUACAACCAGACAGCGGGACCUGCAGGCUGCGAGGCGGGGGGGACGGAGCCUACGGAACCGCUCUCUUCCCUGCUUGGGUAUGAAACAAUCCGAAACCUUUUGUGAUCACCUCCCGAGAGCGUGGAGACUCGAGAGGGACUUCACCCGAGGGAUCUCAGCCAUGAUCAGUAACUCUUUCUUCCCGUAACAGGAAAUCCCUGUAAAGUUCAGCGUGCCCUGGGUACCCCUUGGCAGACUGGGAGCCAGGCCGGGGUGCCCGGUGCCGGGAGUGGGAAGGGAAAGGGAAGGUUUUUCUUGCCGUGCUCUGAGGACUUUUUUUUUCUCCAGGGACUGGCACGUUGAUGCAGA